GAGUCGUAGUCUGCCUUGCCCACUCCCGCGCGCGCGCGCGCACACGUACACUCUGACAUUGUUGAAAUUUGUUAUUUUGUUUUAAAAGUGUGUGCGUCCGUGUAAAUAGUUUACAAUCGGCUUUUGUUGUAUGUAUGUUUUUCCUCUCGUUUUUCCGUCCAGCUCGCACAUCAUAGCAAUGAACAGUAAUACGUAUUUCCGUCAUGUUUCGAACACUAAUCGCGUAAAUUUUCACGGUAGAUGUUUUUCUGGACGCAUGUGAUACAUGUACUAACCACUGCAUAAUAUUAUCGUUUCAUUUUCCUCCAGUUAACUCACAACGCUUUUGAAGGUACCAUGACUAAAGAUCAAGCAAGUAAACGUUUUUAUCGUGUGGACAGUAACUAUGAUUUUACUGCCUUUAUGGAUCGUGGUCAAACGGCUGCAUAUGAAAAUCGAUGGGUUUUUGAAACCGCUUGGGAAGUUUGCAACAAAGUUGGUGGUAUUUACACAGUUAUCAGAUCAAAAGCAUUCGUCUCAACUGAAGAAAUGGGAGAGCAAUAUUGUUUGUUGGGACCUUAUAAAGAACACUAUGCUCGAACAGCUGUCGAAGAAUUAGAAUUCGAAGGAGGAUCUCCGUAUCACACAGCAGUUACCAAAAUGAGAGAUCAAGGGUUUAAGUUGUUGACAGGCCGAUGGUUAGUUGAUGGUAGUCCCCAAGUUAUUUUGUUUGAUAUUGGUUCAGCGGCAUGGAAAUUAGAUGGAUAUAAGCAGACUCUUUGGGAUACGUGCAACAUUGGUAUUCCACAUUUAGACAUAGAAGCAAAUGAUGCUGUCAUUUUAGGAUAUUUAAUAUCUGAAUUUCUGUCAGAAUUUCGUGCAGCAGCAGCAGUAUAUGUAGAUUCAGCUCCACUAAUUGUUGCUCAUUUCCACGAAUGGCAGGCUGGUGUAGGAUUAAUAGCAUUACGUACAAGAAAAGAACCUAUUGCUACGGUUUUUACAACUCAUGCAACAUUAUUAGGCCGAUAUCUUUGUGCUGGAAACACCGACUUCUAUAAUAAUUUAGAAAAGUUCAAUCUCGAUGAAGAAGCUGGUAAAAGACAAAUAUAUCACCGUUAUUGUAUGGAACGAGCUGCAGCUCAUGUUGCUCACGUUUUUACAACAGUAUCUGAUAUUACUGGAAAAGAAUCUGAAUAUUUACUUUCUCGUAAACCAGAUAUUAUAACCCCCAACGGAUUAAACGUAGUCAAAUUCUCAGCAUUACAUGAAUUUCAAAAUCUUCACUCGAUGUCGAAAGAGAAAAUACACGAUUUCGUUCGCGGACAUUUCCAUGGGCAUUACAAUUUUGAUCUUGAGAAGACGUUAUACUUCUUUACGGCUGGAAGAUACGAAUUUUCUAAUAAAGGAGCAGAUAUAUUUAUCGAAGCAUUAGCACGUUUAAAUCACUAUUUAAAAAGCGCAAAUUCAGAUAUGACAGUUGUAGCAUUUCUUAUAUUUCCUGCACGUACUGAUAAUUUUAACGUGGAAAGUCUGCACGGUCAUGCCGUUACGAAAAGUUUACGAGACACCAUACUAGAAAUUCAAACAAAAAUUGGCCGAAGGAUCUACGAGAUAUGCUUAAGGGGUCGAAUGCCAGUCGAAGAGGAAUUGUUGACCAAAGAAGAUACUGUUAGAUUAAAACGUUGUGUGUAUGCCUUACAAAGAAACGAUCUCCCUCCAGUAACCACACAUAAUGUCAUAAACGAUUGGAGUGAUCCAGUAUUGAACACGAUAAGAAGAUGUAAAUUGUUCAAUACCACUUCUGACAAAGUGAAAAUAGUGUUUCAUCCGGAAUUCUUGUCAUCGACCAACCCAUUAUUUGGAUUAGACUACGAGGAGUUCGUACGUGGUUGUCACUUAGGAGUUUUCCCCAGUUAUUACGAACCUUGGGGAUACACUCCCGCUGAAUGCACCGUCAUGGGAAUUCCAUCAGUAACUACAAACUUGUCAGGUUUUGGUUGUUUUAUGGCGCAACAAAUCGCUGAUCCUUUGAGCUACGGUAUUUACAUUGUAGACCGUCAAAAUAUUAGUGUAGAAGAUUCUGUUAGACAGCUCGCUCAAUACAUGUACGAUUUUGCGAGAAUGAGCCGUAGGCAAAGAGUAAUUCAACGAAAUCGUAACGAACGACUAAGCGACUUACUUGAUUGGCGUAAUUUAGGUAUUUACUACCGUCAAGCAAGGUUAAAAGCACUAUGUCAAGUAUUCCCGGAUAUGUUUGAUGAAGAAACGGAAACUUUAUGCAUCACAGAAGCAUCAAGACGUCGGUAUAACUAUCCUCGUCCUUAUUCUGAACCACCAUCACCAUCAAGUAGCCGACCUACUACACCUGGCGCUUCAUUACACGGAUCAGACGACGAAGAUAUUGAUGAAGAACGUGAGCUGGCAGAGCUUUCAGAACAUAGAAGUCAUUAACUGUACUUGAAUAGUUUCUGUUAUAAAUAAAUAUUUUGUUUAACACUUAGUACUUCCAAAAAA